GUGGUAAAGACAUUUUUAUGUUCAGUGGAAAUACAGUAAUGGGGGGUGCACGACAUGGACACCGAAGUCGGGGUUUAGAAUUUCAGUACAGCUUCGGAUAGCUGCGAAGCGCUGCUUUGUUAGCUCUGCAAUUGUUUGCUGAGCCUAUUUUUUUUAAUAUCCUACGCGUUCCUUCGCCCCUUUUAUCAUUACAAAAAUAAACCGGAUUCUUCGACAAAACGAUUAAACUUGCACGUACAAAAUACAACAGUAUUAAAUUACAAAAUACAAUUUUUAACAACUUUUGAAGUGGAAGGUGAAACUUUGUGUUUUCAGUGUUUUCUAGUGUCGCUCAAAUUUUAUGUGAAAUGAUAGAAGAUAGAUUUAAUGUAAUUUAGGUCUAAGCUAUGGAUUGUGACACAAAUUUGUACAAGAUACCAAUAAGACUCGACCCAGGCUCAUGGUGCCAAUUAGAAGUAAAAUAAGCGCAAAAUGGCCGCUCAAAAUGCAAAUUCCCGCUCAAAAAACUGUCAAAGUGACGUUAGCCGAGUGAAGUGAGUGUCCGAAAUGUACGUUCGCUGCACAGCAUGGUGACGCUGAUGCCGUGUAGCUACCUCGGCGGCGGGUCCCCGCGCUGCAGUUUGGAGCAUACGGAGCCUAAGGCAAAGCGACCUAGGUCCGACAACAACACCGAUGUAUCUGAUAGACUAUCGGGCGAAGUCAACCAAAGCCCUUGCGGGUCAGAGUCAACCUCAAACUCGCCACCAUCUUUGCUCCAAGACGCGUCACUGCCGGCGCUCCUAGUGUCCGGGGCGUCCACCAUUUUCCAGACCACGACGACGGCCGCCAACUCCGCGCUGAACGUAGCUGUAGAUAGCUUAUGCUUGCCUGGUAGCUCGGAGGUGGAUUGUAGUUUGGCGAACGGAUGUGCGACGUCGCUCGGGUUAGCGUUGCCGCUAACGUCAACCGGUGGCCUCUGUACGUCUACCUCCUCGCCAUCUGCGGUGGCCUGGUUGAUGAAUGAGGAUAGCACGGGCGGUGGCGUCAAGAGCGAGGUGCGCAGCCCCGGGCUGUGCGAGGCGGACGUGGCGCUGUACGGCGAGGCUCUGCCGUACGACCAGUCCACGCUGCCCUACCAAUAUUAUAACAGUAUGCAGCAGUAUGGCGGCGGCGGCGCGGCGUCUUCGUACGUCGGCUCCACUCUGUACAACCAGCCCUACACCGCGUACCCUCCCGCGCACAACUCUAAUAACAGGUCGUCGUGCAAAGCGACGCCGACCUAUUUGAGCUACGGCGUCGGCGGCGUGGGCUCCGUGCCGGGCUCGGGAUUCGGCGCGCAGCCCUCGCCCUACUACCCCUCCUACAAUGGAAGCCUGACACAAACCUUCCCUCAGCAAGACUACAGCAGUUACGCGAGCAGCUACGCCGAGCACAACGUCGCCCAAUACAGCGGGUACUACGCAACGCCCAGCUACUCUCCCUACCAUGCCGUCAGCUCGCCAAGCAGCAGCGGCAGUGCGGGACACACGUCGUACCAUCUCGGAGGCGCGUUAUCAGAAUCGCCAUCAUCGAUUCUCCCUUCAUUGAAUGACAACAAUCCCUUAUCACCAAUAAAAAAUGAGAUACAUGCAGCUAGCCGGAGGUGCAGAGAGAACUCGGGUGAAAGCACAAGCAGAACCCGCGGUCGGGGGCGGCGGAACACUUCCUCGUCGCCGGCGCAGCACGUGCCCGAGCCCGCCACGGACCGGGUGUUCAUAUGGGACCUGGAUGAGACCAUCAUCAUAUUCCACUCCCUACUCACUGGGACCUACGCUACUAAGUAUAAUAAGGAUACACAACAAAUAGUACAGUUGGGAUUCAGGAUGGAAGAGAUGAUAUUUAGCUUGGCUGAUACGCAUUUCUUCUUCAAUGAUGUUGAGGACUGCGACCAGGAGCACAUAGACGCGGUGGCGGCGGACGACAACGGCCAGGACCUAUCCGCCUACAACUUCUCAUCAGACGGGUUCCACGCGGGCGGCGGCGCGGGCGCGGCGCCGGCGCUGUGCGCGCCCGGCGUGCGCGGCGGCGUCGACUGGAUGAGGAAGCUCGCCUUCCGGUAUCGGAAGAUCAAGGAUACUUAUAAUAACUAUAGAAAUAGCGUUGGAGGCUUGCUAGGACCAGCGAAACGAGAACAGUGGCUGCAACUACGAGCCGAGCUGGAACAAGCGACGGAUAACUGGCUCACGUUGGCCUGCAAAUGCCUCAACAUGAUCAACUCUAGGGAGAACUGCGUGAACGUGCUGGUGACGACGACGCAGCUGGUGCCGGCGCUGGCCAAGGUGCUGCUGUUCGGGCUCGGCGGGGUCUUCCCCAUCGAGAACAUAUACUCCGCCACCAAGACUGGCAAAGAAACCUGCUUCGAGAAAAUCAAGCAACGUUUCGGCGAGCGCUGCACCUACGUGGUGGUCGGCGACGGGCAGGACGAGGAGGCGGCGGCCAAGGCCAAGAACUACCCCUUCUGGCGCGUCUCCUCGCACUCCGACAUCGCCGCGCUGUACAACGCGCUCGAUAUGGGCUUCUUAUGAUUUAUGCGCGCCUGGUACACGAUACGUUUAGAUAUGAGGAAAAUGUGUCACCGAUUCGGCAGGAACUAGAUAAGAACCCUAGGACUCGUCUUUUUGACAUUACAGUACUUUAGCGUUACAUCUAGAACCGGGUUUCUCACGAGUUAUGUUAGCCUGGUAUUGAAGAUACGUAUAACGGUGUAGAAAUUACGGGGAAACAAGAACAAGCAUGACGUAUAAAAUGUUCAAGGAAUUUUUGAUGUCCCUAGUACUUUGUCUAGCCACUUUAAUUCCUUCGCGAGGGCUUCUUAUAAUUUCUGUGUUCCUGGUACACAAGUUACAAAAUUAUAAGGAAAUUUUCGUUAUAUGGCGGAGGUUCAUUCUCGUUACGCUCUUGUUGUUUCUGCGCGCCUAGUACACUAACUACGUAACAUUGCAGAAACUAUGUGGGAAACUUUGCGAUAUGCAAAAGUACGCAUUUGCUUUUUCUCUUUGGAAAGCAAACUUCUUUUCAACAGAAACAACAGCACCAACAACGACAACAACAACAAUACAACAUGCAUACCGCGGUUCCAUUAGGUUAAAUUAAAACUCUAAUUUGCACUCAAGAAGGUUUCUCUUCUCCACUCUGUUCGAUUACAACCAAUGCCAUUGGUUGCUCCGCUCAUCUCUGUUUCAGUGGAAAGGCAGCCGAACUAAAGCCGGUUUGUGGGCCAGUCGGUAUUGAAGAUCUUAUAAAGGUUGUUAAGACUGUACCGAUGGCAGACCGCAGAUAUUUCGAGAUACAUUUGUGGCAGUUAAAUUCUAGAAACUGUUGAAUAUGGUCUCUUAUAUGUUCGCUGACCUGGUCACGUACAGUCAAAUAAUUUAUGUUCCGUGCCAUUUCGUACCUUGUCACAGUGACAAACAAUAUGAAAGUCGCUAGGGACCUCAUACUAUUACCGAUAUUUACUAAUACCGAUUGUAUACUAGAAAUUUGAACAAAAGCAUGCGUAUUAUGGUGGCGCUUAGGGCCAAUACAGGCGGACUGCAAUCCAACUGCAAUUUGUACGAAAACUGCAGUCGGCGUGCAGUCAGCGCGCGCUUUCCAUAUAAAUUGCAGUCCAUCUAUACCGGCCCAUACUCGGUGACAUACAAAAUACGUCACUUUCUGACAACGCGCUAAAACAUGUCAAGCAAAACAUAGCGCGAAUAUACCCACUACUUAGUACAUACCUACAUCAUGCAACUUUUUGGAUUGCUAUGUUUACAUGAACGCCAAGUCUGUGUGUACGGUCAAGGAAAUUAAUUUCGUACCUUGUCACAGUGACAAAAGUAUGAGGUCUCUAGCGAUUUUCAUAUUGAUUGUCACUGUGACAAGGUACGGAAAUUAAAUUCCUUGACCGUUCUAUCAAAAAGUUUUAUUUAUAAUUUUUACAUAAGAAAUAAAGAACAAGUAAGUUGUAAAGACAGCUAAAAGAUCUGCUAUAAUUUUGUAAAAUACGAUCAAUAUCAUAUCAUAUGUCAUAUAAGCAGUGGCCGCGACUUCUUCAGUCAUAAGUACAUUAUAAUUAUUUCUAGUUUCGGAGUUUCACGGUCACUGUGCUAGAUAUUAUUUAGUUUUAAAAGCUCAAAGUCGGCUCAAAAACUUAUAAAAGUGUAUUUAAACAUUUUUUUGUAUAUAUUUAUUAUAACUGUAGAUUUCUCGAACGAGAACUACGAGUCCAUUCCUAUUUAGUAAGUCUAUAUUCUAUUAAUUGUACAGAGCUUUAUUUUAUUGAAACGUGUAGGAAAUGUUUGAGGAUUUAGACGUGUACUGUUUCUGAGGUGUUGUUUUGAUGUUGCCAGAGACCUGGAAAUAAUAACAACUUCUAACCUUUAUAUAAAUUAUAUGAGGGCACAGCGAAUUGUCAUCUCAUAAAGCGGUGUGGGUCCUAAAUUUGUCGCUUAACCUGUCGGCUCAGUGAAUCCUUAUAUACCUACAUUAACGAUAAAAAAUCUGUAUUGUGUUUGGAAUUCUUUAUUAUUUUCUGGUAUCUGAUGUCACUGUAAAUCUCUGUUGCAAAAAUGCAAUCACCAUCUGCCAAGUUAUGCGCGCCUGGUAAAUAGGAAUAGUGCAUCUUUCACUGUGAAUAAUAAUUUGCAUCGAUUAUUGUACAAACAACGAGGUUCAAGGUCUAAUCUUAUGCAAUCUUUCCUUUUUGUGUAAUAUAAGCCAAUUCGAACGCACACUGAUAUCAGAAUGAUUAAUCUAAAUUCUAAAUAAAUGAUGUCAUUCAAGUAAUAGUGCAUUUCGCUUGCAGUUGUCCGUACAUCGGCGCGGGCAAGACGCAUUUAACUAAAUGAUAUCAUUAUGAUGUCAAUGUACGUUGGAAUUGGCCUGUUAAUAGUUUGGACUGUCAUCCGAGUCAGUUUCAAAGUUAGUAAAUGGCCCGAGCACACCGGUUGUGUGCGCUGAAAUGUUGAGGCUGUGCACGCACACGUCACGCAAGCGGUGUGCCGUCUCUCAUAAGGAUCUGUAUAUUACACCGCGCACAUGCACGUCUACGCACACGCGACCGGUGUGCAGGCCUUUAGGGAGAUCUAUAUCAAAUAGAUAGUCACAGCAAAAAUGGCGAAAAAUAUCGAAACACAUCCUCAUUUCUAUGUUAACAAAGAUGUGUUACAAUGUAUGUCGCCACUUUAGCCUUCAUUGUCCAUUUGAUGGUACUAGCAUAAGCAUGAGCUAUGUUUUCCUCAAAUUGACGUGGUUGAUUGCCCAAACAGCUAAAUACAUAUUUCUACUGAUUUUAAGCAGACAAUCUUUUGUAUUGUACUUUUUGAGAAACAUUUAUUACCUACUUUUACCCAACACAAAAUGCCGUUUACUAUUUUUCUAGCAAUAUUUUGAACUGCCUAAUAUGUUUCGUUAUUUCAGUAAGCAGUCUUAGUAGAUACAGAAGUUAGCAAUAUUUUAAACUAGGAAAAUUGGUCAUUUGUAAAUAACAUAGUUUAAUUUUAGAAUAAAACAGACCCAGGCUUAUACUAGAAAUAUUAAAUUUAAUUCGAAAGUUAUUAUUAUUCGAGUUGUAAAUAAAAAUAUAUUAUUUCACAAAAUGAA